GGGGCAGUCAAUCAUUCUCUCUGUGUGAUUCCCCUUUCUUGAGAGAGAGAAAACGGAGAAACGAUCCGGCGAUGGACGGCGCCGACAAGGUCAGGCCCGGAGCUACGGCGUCGGAGCCUAUCAAUCCCGGCCCCGAGCUUGGCAACAAGCACUCCAAGGUCAGAGAGGAAGGCGAACUAUCUUCCGACGAUGAAGACGUACCGAUUCUUCCGCCUCCUCAGCAGGAUCCCGUCUGCUCUGUCUCGCAGUGCACUAGUACCGUUGCACCUUCAGGACCAGCUCCUGUUCGUCCAGCAAACCAAUGCAGCCAAGACAUCCAAGUUGGGAAGGCUGUUUCAGCAAAUAGUCCUCCAGGCAAUGUUGUUGAUAUUCAGUCUCGUGCUCCUAUACAGCCUAUUGCUCAAAAGUCUUUUGAUAAGGGUCGGAUAACAUCAAAAACUAAUACCCCUGGAUGGUGUCCCCACGUGGGAGCCAAUGAUAAUCUUGUGAUACGCUUCUCGGAUGAUGACAGUGGCAGUGAUUCUGAAGGAUGCAUAAAAGAAAAAGCUACUGAAACGAAAAGUAACAUGACUGGAGUGGUUGGCAAUCGAAAGCCUCCUCCUCCUUCACAGUCAAAGUUGAACAAGAAGACUACCACCAGCGCUGUGAGCAAAACUAUGCCGAAAAGGUUGUCUUUAAAUCGAACGUUUAUUUCAGCAAUCGCAAAAACACCAGGACCCAAUUUUAUUAGUGCUGGAGCCUCGUCAGCUGAGCAAGGAAAUCGAGUUAGAAAAUUUAAUUCUCUUAGCAAAAAUUUACAAAGCCGAGAAUGUGGAUAUGAUCAAGGUAUGAAUUUGAACGUCAGUAAGCUUCAGGACUUGCGGCAGCAGAUUGCACUUCGGGAAAGUGAAUUGAAGCUUAAGUCUGCACAGCGAAGUAAGGAAUCAGCUUCAUUUAGGGAUGAUAAUGCUCUAACUGUGCAUAGUGAUGCAACUAGAAAGCUUGGUGCAACCUCUGCCAAAAGUUCACAAAUAGAACCAAAAGAGCCAGACAAGAAACGUGCAAAAGUUAGUGGAUCUUAUUCAACCCAGCUGAAUGCAGUUGUCCCAAAAGAAGCUGGGGGUGGUAAAUCUAUUUUAUUAUUGAAAGAACCAGCAAUGCAGAAUAAUAAUGUACUUGACACAAUUAAAUUUGAUCAUGGACACAAGGGAGUUUCUUUGGGUAGAAUAGAGUCGAGUAUUGUCAAAUGGAAGAAGCAAAAUGAAAAACAAAAAGCUGGCCUGUCAGAAAAUACUCUUGUUGGAAUGAACAAUGGUGCUAAGGUCAUCACUAAUUGCACUCAAUCUGAUGGGAGUAGUAGGCAACGGGAUCCAGAUCCUGCUGUCAUGUUAAACUGUUCUACAUCACCAACAAAUAACAAUGUGGAAUUGAAUCCAAGUAAAGCGAGUUGCCACAAAGAACCUAGUUCUAUCUUGAACAGAGAAACUCGUGGAAAAGAUAUAGCAAGAGCCAGCCAUCCUAACAUUUUACCUAAUGACAAGACAUUUGAGACUACAUCUGAUAAUAUAUAUCAGGCACCCUUUAGCAACGAAAGCCUCUGGACUUGUUUGAGUAAUGCAAAUGUGUCAGGGGGUAGCAACAUGAAUAUACAGUCGUUGGUUGAAAUGGAGGAAUCACUGGACAAGGAUCUUGAGGAAGCACAAGAGCACAGGCGCAUAUGUGAAAUUGAAGAAAGAAAUGUUUUUAAAGCUUAUCGUAAAGCCCAGAGGGCUCUGGCCGAAGCUAAUACUAGAUGUACUAAUCUAUAUCGCAAAAGGGAAUUAUACUCUGCCCACUUGCGAUCUUUUACCCUGGACAAUUCAAGUUUAUUAUGCCCCUCAAGGCAAAAUGAGAAAGGUGGCAUUGAGUUGGAUUACUCAAAUGAUGCCUCGGAAAAUAUGUUUCUAAUACAAUCUAGCCAUCAGUUACAGUCUGGGUAUGAUGUUCUUAGUCCACGAGGGGUUGGUUCAAAUUUUCAAUAUCUCAACAAUGUUCCAGUUCAAACAUCAUAUAGACAUGUGCAUGGACAAAAUGUGGGGUCAGAACCCUGCAGUGAACCAGAUGCUAGUACAUCUGAGACAUUGUCCCAUAAGGGUAAAGCUACUGCUGAUGGAGUUCGUUCUCCGUUGAAUGAUCAAAACAUUUCAGCAGAUGAAGAUGACGAGAUGGUUUCACUUGAACAGGACACCAUUCAACCCAGUGGUGAGUGUCAUGGAAAAAACCCAAAGUUUGAUGAUGACGAGAAGGAUGUAAAUAAAGUAAGAAGCAGAAACUUGACGAUUGAUAGCUCCCACGGAUAUUUUAUUGAAGCAACAUUAAGGUCUGAACUACUUGCAAGGCUAGGAACAAAUGGUUUGUCAAAGAAUUGUGAAAAUUAUGCCAGCAAAGAGAAAACCCAUACAAGCUUAUUGAGUUUUCCGUCCUCUAUUGCAGAUAAAAGUGAACAAUCUGAUCGUGGAGGCCCUGUUAGACGAGAGAUUAGGGACUCCGAGGUCCCUAUGGAAAUUCAGCAGGGCUGCUAUAUCGAAAAUGCUCACUCUUUUGAUAAUUUUGAGGACAAUAGAUUUUUCAACAAAGAAGGUUCUUGCGUAUUAAUCUCAGAGAUUUCAGCUCCUAACAUCUUUAGGAGUGCCUUUGGUCAUUUAAAGAUUUCAUUCCCAUUGACUUUAACGCAAUGGCUUGCUAGAAAUCAACAAAAGUACACCAGUGGUACUAGACACAAUGAAGAGGGCUGUGUCGGCCCUGAAAAAGUCCAGUGGAACAAUACUAAACCAGACUCAACAUAUGAGACUAAACCAGACUCGACAUGUGAGACUGUUGCGGAAUUAUAUGCAAGAGGAAAUGGCCCUUAUACUUGUGAUAUUGCAAUUGAUCCAUUUCGGCCACUUUGCAUGUAUGAGCUUCGAGGAAAGUGCAACAAUGAUGAAUGUCCUUGGCAGCAUGUUCGAGACAACCUUAAUAGAACUGUGUCUCAUGAUAAGCGUGGUGAUUCUGAUAAUAAUGCAAAAAAUCCCAAGUGCCAUGACGUUAUGAUCUCACCAACAUAUCUAAUAGGCUUAGAUACUCUGAAAGCUGAUUUGCAUUCAUACAAGUCUGUUCUAGCAUGGAGAAACGAUCGAUGUUGGCAGAAGUGCUUCAGUCUUUCCUUGACACUAUCAAAUUUGUCUCAAAAGGAUUUGCCUGGAUAUGGGCCACUCUUGCAUGGUAGUGAUGGUCGGAUAGAGGUUGAAGGGAGUUGGAGUAGAACGUCAUCUUAUUUUAUGAGUAGAAGUGGCAUAGUGAAUCAACUCACACAAUCUUUGGCUGACUAUGAGCAAGCCCUGGAAAUCGCUGUCAUAAUAUUCAAUCAGGCAGUUGACAAACUUGAGGGUAUGAAAAAGGCUCUUGCUGUUAUAUCUCGAGCUCUUGAGGAUGAUCCAGCUUCUGUAUUUCUCUGGAUACUUUAUCUUCUCAUUUACCAUAGCACUGUGGAUUCUGUAGGGAAGGAUGACAUGUUCUUUUAUGCGGUCAAAUACAAUGCAGGAUCUUAUGAGCUCUGGUUAAUGUAUAUCAACAGCCGCAUGCAUCUUCAUGAUCGGUUGGCUACAUAUGACGCAGCACUCUCAGCGCUUUGCCACAAUGCUUCUGCUUCUGAGUGGGAUGGGGUGCAUACUAGCGCCUGCAUCUUGGAUCUGUUUUUGCAAAUGAUAGAUUGCCUAUGCAUGUCUGGAAAUGUUGAAAAGGCUAUUCAGAAAAUAUUUGAAUUCUCUGCUGCAGACAAAAAUUCUCAUGAGCGUCUACUGUUGCUCUCUGAUAUACAUUCAUGCCUGAAAAUUUCUGAUAAAUGCAUAUUCUGGGUUUGUAGUGUGUACUUGGUUAUUUAUAGGAAACUACCAGAAGCUGUAGUAAGGCAAUUUGAAUGCGAGAAACUACUCUUGGAAAUUGAAUGGCCUUCGAUUCUUUUACCAGAUGAUGAGAAGCAGAUGGCUGUUAAGCUGAUGGAAAAAGGAGCAGUUUCUGUUGCUUCAUUGAUGAAAAUUGAAUCACUUAGAAGUGACGAUACUAACGUAAAAUCAGCACAACUUUUUGCCGUCAGCCACAUAAGGUGCAUGGCUGCACUAGGCAGUUUGGAAUAUUGUGGAAAUUUGUUGGAUAGAUAUCUUGGACUAUAUCCAUUCUGCUUAGAGCUUGUUUUAAUAUCAACUCGAGCUCAUAAACAAGAAUUCAGGGAUCUGAGUGUGGGUUUCGAGGAAAUCCUUAUUAACUGGCCAAAAGAAGUCCCAGGAAUUCAGUGUGUUUGGAAUCAGUAUGCUCAAUGUGCUCUCCAGAAUGGAGGACGUGAGUUUGGAAAAGAACUCCUGGACCGUUGGUUUCACUCUGUUUGGAAAGUCCAUUAUCACCAAAAUGGUGUACUGCCUGGCGUGGAUAGUGAGAACAAAGAUGGGUUGCCAGAAUCAGCUUCAGAUUCAAUUUUGGAAAUUUCUCCAGGUCUUGAUAAAAUUGAUGAAAUGUUUGGAUUUCUUAACCUCUCUCUUUAUAAAUUAUGGCAAAAUGAUCACGUCGCAGCUCGCAUAGCUGCUGAGAAGGCAUUGAAGACUGCUAUUCCCAAAUAUUUUAAGUACUGCUUUAGAGAGCAUGCCACGUUAUGUCUCACUGGUGAAUCAGUACUUAAGGAGCCUGCUUCUAUCAGUGGUAUGGAGAACAUUUUGGAGCAUUACAUAGGUGUUUUGCAGGAUUUCCCUGUCCCCGAGCCUUUGCCUAGAAAAUUUAUUAACAACAUCAAGAAACCAAGAGUCCAACAACUAAUUAAUAACAUGUUCAGUCCAGUUUCAUCUGAUUUUUUUCUGGUAAACUUGGUUCUUGAGGUGUGGUUCGGACCAUCUCUUUUACCUGAAGAAUUCACUGAACCAAAGCAUUUGGUGGAUUUUGUUGAAGGUAUGUUGGAUAUAUGUCCAUCUAACUAUGUGUUAGCUAUGUCUGUCUGUAAACUGUUCAGAAAGCGUGACGAGUCUACUCAUUUUACUUCUGUGAGUAUGUGCUUCUGGGCAAGCUCAAACCUAGUUAAUACAAUUCUUCAUGCCAUCCCAAUUCCACCAGAGUGCGUAUGGGUAGAAGCUGCGACCAUCUUGGGCAAAGUCAAGGGUGUUGAGGUCCUUUCACAGAGGUUUUAUGGAAGAGCGUUAUUGGCAUAUCCAUUUUCUGUCAAGCUGUGGAAAUCCUAUCAGCUCCUUUAUGGGAAUACCGAAAAAACUAAAGCUAUUGCAGAAGCAGCUAAAGCAAAGGGUAUAGAUCUUGAUUGAAGCUUCGUUAUUUGAGGUGAGUAGCCAGUCCGGUAGGAUUCGCAUUUGCUCAAGAUUAUGAGGCCUCAAGUCAUCGAUGAUAUCGCAGUGCACAUCCUUGGCAAGUUCCAUUUUCUUGUUUUUAUUUGCUAACAAAGGGUUACGAACUUUAGUUUUGAGUGUAGGAACUACAGAAAGCUUGUACAGGACAGGAAUACACUUAAAAUUGGUUGCAGGUUUUACCAGCUUGUGAAAGACUGACGAAGACGUGUAAGUUGGAGAAGAAUGAUUAGCACUUUUCCCACUUUUUUUGGACAGGAAAGUUCUUUUGGGCCUCAUUUGUCGUUGUUGCCGUCCUCGGGUUUGCUUGAGAAGUUUUGUUUAGAUCGACUGUAAAGCAACUGUGAUUACAUAGGCUAUUGUACUUGAAUCAUAUAGAUGAAAUGAAUAUGGAAUUGUUUUUCUACAUGUAUUAUUCUAGCAAUGUUUUUCAUCAAUCUAGGUAAGAAUCAAGCGGUGGUGCUGAUUGAGUCCUUUCUACGUGGUAGAUUGCUUGUUAUAGG